UGGGAAGAAUGUCCCUUACAUUGGGGGUCAGUGGGAAGAAUGUCCCUGACAUUGGGGGGUCAGUGGGAAGAAUGUCCCUUACAUUGGGGGUCAGUGGGAAGAAUGUCCCUUACAUUGGUGAUCAGUGGGAAGAAUGUCCUUACAUUGGGGGUCAGUGGGAAGAAUGUCCCUUACAUUGGGGGUCAGUGGGAAGAAUGUCCAUUACAUUGGUGAUCAGUGGGAAGAAUGUCCCUUACAUUGGGGGUCAGUGGGAAGAAUGUCCCUUACAUUGGGGGUCAGUGGGAAGAAUGUCCCUUACAUUGGGGGUCAGUGGGAAGAAUGUCUCUUACAUUGGUGGUCAGUGGGAAGAAUGUCUCUUACAUUGGUGAUCAGUGGGAAGAAUGUCCCUUACAUUGGGGGUCAGUGGGAAGAAUGUCCCUUACAUUGGGGGUCAGUGGGAAGAAUGUCCAUUACAUUGGUGAUCAGUGGGAAGAAUGUCCCUUACAUUGGGGGUCAGUGGGAA